GAGCCCAAGUAUUAUUAGAAGAUAAAAAGGAAAGCCCGAUGGACAUGGAGGCUGAAGAAAACCAUUAUCCUUGCAAGUGUCACGAAACGGACAGCAAGGGCUGCUCCUCCUCCAGAAGAUUGUCCAGCAACUCUCUCUUUCAGCUCUGAGGUGAUAGUAGCAUGCAUCUCCUUCUUCUUCUUGGACCGACCCCAUUGUGUCUGUACCCUUCCAUGUCUGUGGGGAGACUCCAACCUUGUUCUUGUUGUUCUGUUCCUCCUUACACAUCGAUGCUCGGCGGGACAAGAGGGACAACAUCAGGUACUGCAGCUCUUCUCAUAAAUCGAGUUUCCAGUAACGUUGCUGAUGCUCCGCAAUCCAAGCUCCUCUCUUCUACUCGAUUGCCUUUCACUCCCAGCCAUCUCAAAUCUCUAGGGUUCAAGCCCUCCCCUCCUCAGUUGGCCCUCCUCUCUCUCUUGUUUCUUCUUUCUAUGGCUAUUGGAGCAAUUUUCUCUUUGGCUGUCAUUUGCCUUCCAACCAUAGCUGCUUUUAGAAGAUUGGGAGCUUCUGUCCACAAAUUGUCCCAAGUCGUCUCUGAAGAGGUGCCAGGAACCUUGUCUUCUCUCAAGCUCUCUGCCCGUGAGAUUAAUGAACUCACUCGACAACUUACCAAUCUCAGGUUAGCUAUACAUUUUACUUUCCUAGCUCUCCUGCUCAAUUCUCCACGUUUCCAUCUGAGAAUCCCACUUGCUUGCUUAUGCACUUUAGUAGUUAACAGGAUUUUACAUUUUUGAAGGCAAAAGAUCUCUGCAACUGAUCAGCAUGGUAAGUGGAAACAAAGCCUAAAUCAAUAAAUAAAAAGCCAUGAGCUAGCCCACUUCUUUUGGAAGCGGCUGCAACUGGCCUUGUGCAGAAUCCGAUGGAUUGCUUUGUCUUGUAUUUUAUAUAUAUUACUUGGAUCUAACUUGUAAAUCACACAUAUAGAACGUCAUAAAUAUAAAAUAUAUGGGAAAAGCUGCUGUUUACUCUGUAGUACCACAAAACGUGAUAAAUUAUGUAAGCCCAGCACCCAUUAUUUCAUAAUUAAGACUCUAGCUCUCAUUCCUCUUCAGUUA